GAGGGUGGGCGGGUUCUGUGGGACUCUUCCCCGUCUGUGUUGUGACGUUGUUUGUAAUGUGUUAUUUUCAGUUUAAUGCAGAAACAGUUAUACAAGAGUGAGUGAACGGCAUUAGUAUUGAAUAUUUGUAUUAUUAUUAUUAUUAACGAGCCUUCUGUUACCGGCAUAUGAUGGAGGGAAUAUCGGACGAGGAAGUGCUACCCUCCACUUCCCUGGACCAGACAGCGACAGUCGCCAAAGAGGAAAGUGAUCCCCCAUUCCAGCUGAAACUUCCUCCAAAAGCUUCUCGUCCUGAAAAGGAAAUGGAUCCAGAAUACGAAGAAAAGAUGAAAACGGAUUGCUCGAAAAGAUUUGAAUUUCUCCUUAAGCAGACAGAAUUGUUUGCACAUUUCAUUCAACCUGCGGCACAGAAAUCUCCGACAUCUCCUCUAAAAGUGAAACUAGGACGUCCAAGAGUGAAGAAAGACGAAAAGCAGACUUUAUUAUCAGUUGGAGAUUAUCGACAUAGACGCACUGAACAAGAAGAAGAUGAAGAAUUGCUAUCUGAAAGUCGGAAAACCUCCAAUGUCUGCGUGCGAUUUGAGGAGUCACCUUCUUAUGUUAAGAGAGGGACACUGAGAGACUACCAGAUCAGAGGGCUCAACUGGAUGAUCUCUUUGUAUGAGAAUGGUAUCAAUGGCAUAUUGGCAGAUGAAAUGGGUCUUGGAAAGACACUGCAAACAAUUGCGUUAUUGGGAUACCUUAAGCACUACAGGAACAUUCCAGGUCCUCAUAUGGUUUUGGUGCCUAAAUCUACAUUACACAAUUGGAUGAAUGAAUUUAAACGUUGGGUCCCCUCUCUCCGUGCAGUCUGCCUUAUUGGGGACAAAAAUGCUCGGGCUGCUUUUAUACGUGAUGUCAUGGUGCCAGGAGAGUGGGACGUUUGUGUUACAUCCUAUGAAAUGGUCAUAAAAGAAAAGUCUGUGUUCAAGAAGUUCAACUGGAGAUACCUUGUCAUUGAUGAAGCACACAGAAUCAAAAAUGAGAAAUCCAAGCUAUCUGAAAUAGUUAGGGAGUUUAAGACCACAAAUCGUCUACUGUUGACUGGUACUCCGCUGCAAAAUAACCUUCAUGAGUUGUGGGCAUUGCUGAACUUCCUUCUACCUGAUGUAUUUAAUUCUUCAGAAGAUUUUGACUCUUGGUUUGAUACUAACAAUUGUCUUGGUGAUCAAAAGCUGGUUGAAAGACUUCACGCCGUUUUAAAGCCAUUUCUAUUGCGGCGCAUAAAAGCUGAAGUGGAAAAGAGCCUUCCUCCUAAAAAGGAAGUUAAAAUAUAUCUAGGCCUCAGCAAAAUGCAAAGAGAAUGGUACACAAAAAUUUUAAUGAAGGAUAUAGACAUUCUAAAUUCUGCUGGGAAGAUGGACAAGAUGCGCCUGUUAAAUAUUUUGAUGCAGUUACGCAAGUGUUGCAACCAUCCAUACUUAUUCGAUGGUGCCGAACCUGGCCCUCCUUACACCACUGACACACAUCUUGUAUUCAACAGUGGUAAAAUGGUAGCUUUGGAUAAACUACUUUCAAAACUUAGAGAACAAGGUUCUAGAGUUUUGAUUUUUAGCCAGAUGACUCGUUUGCUUGAUAUUCUGGAAGAUUACUGCAUGUGGCGUGGGUAUGAGUACUGUCGCCUAGACGGGCAAACACCCCAUGAAGAAAGAGAGGAAGCCAUUGAAACAUUUAAUGCCCCAGACAGCAGCAAAUUCAUCUUCAUGCUGAGUACCCGUGCUGGAGGCCUUGGAAUAAAUUUGGCAACUGCCGAUGUGGUCAUUUUAUAUGAUUCAGACUGGAACCCACAAGUGGACCUGCAAGCCAUGGAUCGGGCACAUAGGAUUGGACAGAAAAAGGCAGUACGGGUAUUUCGUCUCAUCACUGAAAAUACAGUGGAAGAAAGGAUUGUAGAAAGGGCUGAACUUAAACUGAGACUUGACUCAAUAGUCAUACAGCAAGGGCGUCUGAUUGAUCAGCAGUCAAACAAACUUGCAAAGGAUGAAAUGUUGCAGAUGAUACGCCAUGGUGCCACCCAUGUAUUUGCAUCAAAGGACAGUGAAUUGACGGACGAAGAUAUAACCACAAUUUUGGAAAGAGGGGAAAAGAAGACUGCUGAAAUGGCAGAGCGUUUGCAGAAGAUGGGUGAAAGCUCACUUAGAAACUUCUCUAUGGAUACAGAAACUAGUUUGUAUAACUUUGAAGGAGAGGACUAUCGAGAAAAGCAAAAGCUGAGCAUGAUGGAAUGGAUAGAGCCACCUAAACGAGAACGCAAAGCCAACUAUGCAGUGGAUGCAUAUUUCAGAGAUGCUUUGCGUGUCAGUGAGCCCAGAGCUCCCAAGGCACCCCGGCCACCAAAGCAGCCCAGUAUUCAAGACUUCCAGUUUUUCCCCCCAAGAUUGUUUGAGCUCUUGGAGAAUGAAAUACUCUACUACAGGAAGACCAUUGGCUACAAGGUCCCUAGAAAUGCAGACCUCCCAGAUGCAUCUCAGGUACAAAAAGAAGAACAGAGGAAGAUUGAUGAAGCUGAGCCUCUAUGUGCCACAGAGUCAGAAGAAAAGGAAAAACUACUUACACAAGGAUUUACAAAUUGGAACAAACGAGACUUUAACCAAUUUAUUAAGGCAAAUGAAAAGUAUGGGCGUGAUGAUAUUGAUAACAUUGCUCGAGAGGUGGAAGGAAAAACACCUGAUGAGGUCAUGGAAUAUUCAGCUGUAUUUUGGGAGCGAUGCAAUGAACUGCAAGACAUUGAGAGGAUCAUGGCUCAAAUUGAACGGGGUGAAGCAAGGAUUCAAAGAAGGAUCAGCAUCAAGAAAGCCCUGGAUGCUAAAAUUGCAAGGUACAAGGCUCCUUUUCAUCAGCUGCGGAUACAGUAUGGAACCAACAAAGGCAAAAACUAUACAGAAGAAGAAGACAGGUUUCUAAUAUGUAUGCUGCAUAAAAUGGGUUUUGACAAAGAAAAUGUAUACGAAGAGUUACGUCAGUGUGUUCGAAAUGCUCCUCAGUUCAGGUUUGAUUGGUUUAUCAAGUCAAGAACUGCCAUGGAGCUGCAGAGGCGUUGUAAUACACUUAUAUCACUCAUCGAAAAAGAAAACCUGGAGAUUGAAGAAAAAGAGAGAGCGGAGAAAAAGAAAAGAGCAGCAAAGCCAUUGGCACAUAAAAGAAAAGCAGAUGCAGUAGCAGAAAAAAAGGAUGCUAAGAAGGCAAAGUCUUAAAACAGGAGUAACCUCAAGUACAUGUUGAUUGCGCUAUACAAAACUGCCAUCUAAUUCUCACCUUCAAAUAUUUUCACACUGUUAAACACCGAUGUUUAUGUUUGAAUAUUUUAAUCUUGUCAGAAAUUUUAGCUUUGGCAUUGUCUUUAUUAACCUGAAAGAUGGAGUCAUAUUUUAUGCAUCUCAGUAUUUCCAUGUAUUUUGUGAGUGGCAUCUUACCAAGGUUCUACCAGUCCUUGUUUUUAAGCCAGUGCAGAGUUUUAGCUUUUGUAUGUUUUAUACUGUACGCUGUUGCUUUGGAAUAAAAUCUUAGUCUGACAGGA